AUGUAUUAAUACAAUGAAGAUGUUAUAAAGAAAACUUUGUAAAUGAUUAUUUCGGAUAUAAAUUAAUAGUUUAAGUAGUUUGACUUAUAUCUUCCAUAAAGUUUAGCAUAUGUUAAGAGAAUAAUCCCUCAACAAUAAAAUGUCAAUUUAGAUAAACCUUAUGUUUUUGUAUUAGGUAUGACAAGAGUUGGAAAAAGUACAUUACUCAACAUUUUAAAUAAUCCAGAGAAUAUUAUUAUUAAUUAGGAUAAGAAGUUUGAUGUAAAAUAAAAGAAUAAUAAAAUUCUGUUGUCUCAUUCAAAUAGUAGUUCAACUUUUUAGAUGGAAUAUUUGGAGAUUGGUAAUUUUAUAUUUGUUGAUUCUCCUGGAUUACACGAUACUGAUGAUACUAAUAGAUGUAUUAAUCAUAUCAAUAUCUUUAAUUCAAUAACUAGAGUAAGUUAACAAAUUUUAUUGUUGAUGAUUGAUGGAGAACAGCUUUAGACAACGAAAAACGAUUUAAUCGAUUCAAUAACUCUAAUUAAUAAUAUGCUAGGAGAUUAACAAGACGAUAAAUAUCUUGAAAAUUUUAUCAUUCCUGUAUUCACUAAAAUUAGAAAUGCUUCUACUAUGGAAUAAAUAAUUAAAAAAUGGUAAACUGAGACCAUGAAAGAUAUUACAGAUCAAAAGUAAUUAAAUAUUUUGAAAAUCAUUAAAAAUGCAAUAGAUCAAGAAAAUUAUAUCAAAAUUUAUUCUGCAGAACGCUAUGAAAUCCAUGAAGAAAUGCAGUAACUGGAAUCAGAAAUUUAAAGGAUGUAAACAUAAUAUUUUAAGAAAAAAAAGGAUGAUAAAGAACGCUAGGUGUUAGAGGAGUAGAUUUAACUUAAAUAAGAGGAGUUAGAUAAGUUGAAUUAGGAAGGUUUAUUCUAAAAAAAAAUACAAAAUAUUAAGGAAGAUGUUUUAGGGAAAUGUAAAAAUUUAUUAGAAAGGAAGGAAAAAAUAUUGAAAGAAAAAUAAGAUAUUGUUUUGAAUUUUGAACUCAAGCUAACUCCUGAAUUGAAGUAUCAUAUAGAAAAGUUAUUAACUUAUCGAUAAAAAUUUUAUCAACAUCUCUUAAACAAUAUAACAAAUGAAUUUAUUACUAAAAUGCUUUUUGAUAAUUCAAUAAGUUUAAACGAUAAAGAGAGUGAAAUAUUUCAAACAUUAAAGAUAAAAAUGAACAGACUUUCAGAUAUACCAAAAGAACUAAUUAAUCAGAAUAUAUAAGAUUAGAUUAAUGAACUUAAUCAAUUUAAUAAUAUCAUACUAAAAUAUGAUCAUUGGGAUUAGGAUCCUUAAAAAGUUGAUUUUUAAUAUUUUCAAAUUUAGUUAAGAGUCCUUAAAAGCCUUUUUAUAGGCAUAGAUUAUACUAGUAUCUUUUAAUACACUAUUUUACCAUUUAUAUUAAUAACAACAAUUAAUUACCUAUUUAAUAACAGCAUUUUUGUGACAUAAAAAGAAAAAGAAAAAUAAGAGAAAAUGAAAAUGUUAAACAUUCAGCAAAAAUAUAUAUCAAUUUUAGAGAAAACAAGAAAGUGA